ACCUGCCUUGAGAGAAGUGGAGGGGGGGGUUGUGGGAGGUGGUUGACAACGCUUUGCAAGGGGAGGAUUGCGACCACACACACAUACACACACACACACGCACGCACACACAAACACAGGCUUGUUUACCCAGUGCCGGGCACAGAGGAGCACCGAGGCGCUGCGCACAGCCAGAGAGCGCGUCUGUCAGCGCAAUGUCAGCGGCUACAGCUUCUGUAGCAGAUGUGUCCAGGACCGACGGAACAUACAGAGAUGACGGUCGACACCGGAAUAACUCAGGUCAGUACCAGGCCCAGUGUACACCCAUGCCACUGCCUGCCCUUGGAACCCAGAAGAUCAUCCAGGGCAAUGGCACCAAUGUGGGAACAGUCAUAUUGCUGCAGUGCCCGGCCAAACACAAACUGAUGGGAAGAGAGCUAACAUGUGUCAUGGACGUGAACAGCACCCACUGGGAGGGGGAAACCUACUGUGCACCUCUGACUCCCUACGAGGACUAUGGUUUUCGUGUGGCUGUGUUGGCGUCCAUUGUGAGCUCGGCCAUUAUCCUCCUCAUGUCCAUGGCCUUCAUCACCUGCUGCUUGCUCGACUGCAUCAAAGAGGACAAAAGGAAAAAGCAGGAGGGGGAGACAGACAUGUGGCAGUGGGAAGAGCCGACUCAACAUCAGGGGAACAACAGGUCUCACUACAGCCACAAAGGCAGGAACAACAACAACAACACCCAGGAGAAGACGCUCUCUCUGUGGGACUCCCACAACCCAGCCGUGUGUGACAACAUGCAGGCCUGCAGAUGUCAUCAGGAGUACUCCUAUGGACUCGUCUGCACAUAUGACCACGCUGCUCCGCUCGCUGCUCUACCUGGGCAUGACUACGACCAGCCUCUUCUACCACAAAAUCCAGAGUCUGUGCAGAUCUCCGGUCCGCCUCAGUACCCUGGACCUCCCGCCUCCUACUUUCAAACUCCGAGCCCACACGGGGUCCAGAUCUCAGCGGCGAGGCCUGGUCUGGUGUGGCAGUAUGGGAGACAGGAAAGCAGCUCUGCAACUGGAGAGGAGUGCAACACUAGGAAUUUAAACACUGCCAAAGAAUUUUCCAUAAGGAUUAUAUCAGUGUGAGGACAUGUUGCACAGGAGGUGAAUAUAUUGUUUAAUGACCAAAUAUGUACAACAGUGUUAUCAAAGAGGACUAUUGGAAGUGGUAACUCAACAUUUAUGUGUGAACUUCUACAGUGUAAUGGCUUUACAGUCUCAGAUGAACAUGCCUUUUGUUAACUUUAAUGGCACACUGCCCUCUGCCUGGCAAGAGAGGCCAGUGCACUUUCAGGACACCGGCCUUGUUUGACGACAUGCCCUGUAAUUAGAAGCUCCAAGGGAUUUUUCUUGACCUCAAUCGAGUUUAAUUAAAUGGUUGCAGUGAGGUUUGCGAUUGAGGUGUUUAUGGGGACAUAUAGUUCACAACACACUGAAAGUGGGCGAGGAAGUUCUCUGAAAAACAAAUGUCAGAGCAGUAAAAGUUCCCUUUCCCUGCAGGAGGAGAGCAGCUGGGAGGCACUGGACACUGGUCGUGUUUGUAAAUAUAAUUUUCUUAAGGAAUGUAAAUCAAUUAAAGACAAUGUGUUGCAAUGCAAAGAGAGCGGUCCUGUCCUUCUGAUGAGCACAGAUGCAAAUUACUAGUCAACCUGAUGCAGCGGAUGCAGUGCAGUGGUUUCGACUGGUCUGUGUGUCGAUGUACAGGUUGAUGACAAAUUGGAGGAAAAUGUGAAUAAAUGCCUGGAAACAAACAUAAUGAAUGCAGAUGCUUCCAUACAGAGAAGUGAGUGAGUCAUUCACUAUGUUGAUGCAGACUGAUGCAGAUCAUGUGCUGUGACCUUCACAGUCACAAGAUCUCAGCCCCUCUGAACGCCUGUGGUUGAUUUGGGAUUGAUGUUAUUUGGCAGCGCUCUAACUCCACCGUCGUUAGAAAAUGAAUGUUGGAAAAAAAGGUGUUGUAUAGUUAUAUAUAGUUUCAUUGACUUGGAAGAAUCAGGGUCAAAGGUCACUAAGGUUGAAGCUUCCCUGUCCAACACCUCACUU